GUUUAGCAUUACAAACCCCCGCCCCUCACUCAAUCAUGUUAAAUACUAAAACUUGAGCAUUUACCGAUACAUCUCCAGAGACUGCUUCAACCUUAAGACGAGAGAUACACACAGAAGAUCAGGUGACUCUGCAAUGCAAGGAGACGCUGCCAAAGCAGGCCUCCCCAAUGGCUCCAGCCAAGCCAAGGACCUGCUGCCCCCCUCGGAGGAGAAGAUGGAGGAGCGGGGCCAGUGGAGCAACAAGUUAGAGUUUAUUCUGUCAGUCGCCGGCUCCAUCAUCGGCCUGGGCAACAUGUGGCGCUUCCCUUACCUCUGCUACAAGAACGGAGGAGGUGCCUUCCUCAUCCCCUACCUGAUCUUCCUGUUCACCUGUGGCGUUCCCGUCUUCUUCCUGGAGACGGCCCUGGGCCAGUACACCAGCGAGGGGGGCAUUACCUGCUGGAGAAAAAUCAGUCCCUUGUUUGAAGGUCUUGGCUAUGGCACCCAGGUGAUAGUGACUCUGCUGAACUUCUACUACAUCAUUGUUCUGGCCUGGGGGAUUUUCUACCUGUCUUUCUCCUUCUCCUGGGACCUGGCCUGGUCGUCCUGCAACAACACAUGGAACACAGGUAACAAAUGUGCUUCAAGCUACAUCAGAAGUUCCUCCAAUGUUUUUGACGCGUUUCUACAUUUUGCUCUUUGUCCCCCAGAAAACUGUGUGGAGUUUCAGAGGAGAAACACCUCAAUCAACCAAACUCUCAACCUAAACGUCACGUCUCCUGUCAUCGAGUUCUGGGAGAGAAGAGCGCUGAGGAUUUCCCCAGGCAUUGACCACAUGGGCUCUCUGAACUGGGACCUGGCCCUGUGUCUGUUCAUCGCCUGGGUCAUGUGCUACUUCUGCAUCUGGAAGGGGGUGAAAUCCACGGGAAAGGUGGUCUACUUCACUGCGACCUUCCCCUAUCUGAUGCUGAUUGUGCUGUUGAUCCGAGGGCUCACCCUGCCUGGUGCUGGGAUCGGCAUCCAGUUCUACCUUUAUCCAGACCUAGGACGACUUGCGGACCCACAGGUGUGGAUGGAUGCUGGCACCCAGAUCUUCUUCUCCUACGCCAUCUGUUUAGGGUCGCUGACUGCUCUGGGGAGCUACAACAAAUACAACAAUAACUGUUACAGAGAUUGCUUGGCGCUGUGCUUUCUGAACAGUGGCACCAGCUUUGUGGCAGGCUUUGCAAUCUUCUCCAUCCUGGGUUUCAUGUCUUUUGAACAGAAUGUUCCCAUCUCAGAAGUGGCAGAAUCUGGUCCUGGCCUGGCCUUCAUUGCUUACCCCCGUGCUGUGAGCAUGAUGCCUUUCUCUCCUCUGUGGGCAGCCCUCUUCUUCAUCAUGAUUGUUUUUCUGGGGCUUGACAGCCAGUUUGUGUGCGUCGAGAGCCUUGUGACGGCGGUAGUCGACAUGUACCCUGCUGUGUUCCGACGUAAAAACCGCAGGGAGCUCUUCCUGUUAGCUGUUAGCCUCUUCUCCUUCUUCAUGGGGCUCAUCAUGCUGAUGGAGGGGGGAAUGUAUGUCUUCCAGCUUUUUGAUUACUAUGCAGCCAGUGGCAUGUGUCUUCUCUUCAUGUCCAUCUUUGAGACUGUCUGCAUUGCGUGGGUCUAUGGUGCAGAUCGCUUUUAUGAUAACAUUGAGGACAUGAUUGGCUACCGCCCAGGACCUUACAUCAAGUACUGUUGGUUGUUCUUCACCCCAGCCACGUGCAUCGGUACCUUUGCCUUCUCCCUCAUCAAAUACACUCCUCUCAAGUACAACAAUGAGUACGUGUACCCGUGGUGGGGCUAUGUCAUUGGCUGGCUGCUCGCUCUCUCCUCCAUGGUCUGCAUCCCGCUUUGGAUGGUGUACAAGAUCAGCACCACCCAGGGGACACUCAGAGAGCGCAUCCAGCUGCUCAUCACACCAUCUGACGGCUUACCCAAAACCAAGAGGGAGCAGGAGAGGUUACUGGCCAUCUUUGCUCCUGAGGGAGAUGCCACCAUGACCAGAAAUGGCUACUAUCCUGUCUCAGAGAGAGACUCCAACUUAUGAGGUCCACAGUGGUAAUGUGUAUGGGAAAGACAUGUGGGUUUUGGUUCCAUCCUUGACUUGCUGCACCCUCGCCUCCAUCCCAAAGAUCACAGCAGGGAAAGCUACAAUAAAGUGUCACAUCAUAACACAUAACAGAUAUGGAGGACUCAGGAGAUAAUAGGCCUACAGUGUGUUGGGUUUGGCAGUGCCUGUACAUUUCAGGGAUGGCAGUAAUGUGAUAAAAGGAUAAAGAAAAAGAAAUUAAAAAGUCAUUUAUUGUUUGUCAUUUAUUGCAUUACUUAGACGUUUUAGAGGGGACAAGAACAUUUUUUCAGGGACAAAAGUCAUUUCCUCUACUCAAACUGAAAUCUAUUAAUACAUUGGCAUAUAUUAUUCAGCUCUGCAUUUCACAGAUGAUGUAAAUGAACUAAUUCAAGGUCAGCUGAAAUAUAUGAGUCAGCCUUGUUCUGUGAAAAUGUCACAAUUUUAUAAUAGAAGUUAAUGGCAUUUCCAUCUCAUUCAAAUGUGCUAACUGAAGAGACAGAAACACAGGUUCCAGAAGUUUAGAAAUAAAUGUUUUAGUUUGCAUAGUAAGGAUGAAUUUUAUGCAAAUGUAACAUCAAGACAGCAACAUCAGUUAUAGAACAGGUUAUAGAUAUAGAAUUUGUUACCGCUGAAAAGUGGGCUACAUGUAAGUUAAUUUUUGAAGUGUCCUUGUGUAUCACUCCAUGGCUACUUAGCCAUGUUAGUAUCAUAUAUUGUAUUAUCAUGACUGACUGGGGAAAUGUUCCUUUUUGUAUUUACAAGAAUUGAAAUAAAAUGUUACACGGGUUUCACAUGAAUAGACUGUGUAAUGAAAGGAUAUAAUGUGAAAAAUAUAUUGUAGCUCUGCAAUAGCUGUAGGACUAACAUGGCAUAUACAAUGUAGUUUCAUAUUUCGUACUGUAACAUAAUAUGACUGUACAAAGAAAUGUGAAUCUUGUAAGUAUGUUUUUUAAUAAACAUGCGCAAUUUGA